GGCAGACGUACCUUGUAUGAGCAGAGCCCAAAACGAACGAGGGCCGAAAGAGUUUGGUGUGGGGUUGGUGCCGCAUUGCGCGGAGUGGGCGUGAGUGUGGGUUAUGAGACUGUGGAUGGGACGAGAUGCUCAAGAGUAUCCCGCAACGCAACGCAACGCAACGCCCCCUCGCCGGUCCUGUUCCGUUUGUGGUACGAGGAUGCACAAGCCGAGCACUUCACACACCCAGCGAUCCAUCAUAGAGCGACCCAGGCAAGCCAGGUCAAGCCUACAUAG